AGGCAGGAAGACAGGACCAUGUCGAAGGGCCCCGGGCCCGGCGGCUCCGCAGCUUCCUCGGCGCCCCCGGCCGCUACCGCUCAGGUGCUGCAGGCACAGCCCGAGAAACCGCAGCACUACACGUACACCGGUUCCAACCUGCUGGGGCCGGUCCCAACCGCCUCUAACUGCCACCAACCCCUGGUCGGGCCGUGCCCAUUCCUGCACAGGACCACAGGGGACACUGAGCGCAGGUACCACUUGCGUUACUACAAAACUGGAAUCUGUAUCCACGAGACAGACUCAAAAGGCAACUGCACCAAAAACGGCCUGCACUGCGCUUUCGCCCACGGGCCCCAUGACCUCCGCUCCCCUGUCUACGACAUCAGAGAGCUCCAGGCCAUGGAGGCCUUGCAGAACGGCCAGACCACAGUAGAGGGCAGCAUAGAGGGCCAGACGGCUGGGGCUGCAAGCCACGCCAUGAUAGAAAAAAUCCUCAGUGAGGAGCCUCGGUGGCAAGAAACUGCCUAUGUGCUGGGGAACUAUAAGACGGAGCCGUGCAAGAAGCCCCCGCGGUUGUGCCGCCAGGGUUAUGCCUGUCCCUACUACCACAACAGCAAGGACCGGCGGCGGAGCCCCCGGAAACACAAAUACAGGUCAUCUCCAUGUCCGAACGUGAAACACGGGGAUGAGUGGGGAGACCCCGGCAAGUGUGAGAAUGGAGAUGCCUGCCAGUACUGCCACACCCGCACGGAGCAGCAGUUCCACCCGGAGAUCUAUAAAUCCACCAAGUGCAACGACAUGCAGCAGUCGGGCAGCUGUCCCCGAGGACCUUUCUGCGCCUUUGCCCACGUAGAACAGCCACCCCUCAGUGACGACCUGCAACCUUCCUCAACUGUGUCCAGCCCCACUCAGCCGGGUCCUGUCUUGUACAUGCCAUCUGCUGCCGGAGACUCCGUGCCCGUGAGCCCCUCCAGCCCGCAUGCCCCUGACCUCAGCGCCCUCCUCUGUAGAAACAGCAACCUAGGCAGCCCAUCUAACCUCUGUGGCUCCCCCCCGGGCUCCAUCAGGAAGCCCCCGAACCUGGAAGGCAUUGUCUUCCCUGGGGAGUCUGGCCUUGCCCCUGGCAGCUAUAAGAAGGCUCCUGGCUUUGAGAGGGAAGACCAGGUGGGAGCCGAGUACCUGAAAAAUUUCAAAUGCCAGGCCAAGUUAAAACCCCACUCACUAGAGCCCAGGAGCCAAGAGCAGCCUCUGCUUCAGCCCAAACAGGACAUGCUGGGCAUCCUUCCCGUGGGCAGCCCCCUGACCUCAAGCAUCUCUUCUAGUAUCACCUCCAGCCUGGCAGCUACGCCCCCUAGCCCUGCUGGCACCAGCAGCGUCCCUGGCAUGAAUGCAAAUGCUCUGCCCUUCUAUCCCACCAGCGACACGGUAGAGUCGGUCAUAGAGUCUGCCCUGGAUGACCUGGACCUGAAUGAGUUUGGGGUGGCUGCCCUAGAGAAGACUUUUGAUAACAGCACGGUGCCCCACCCAGGCAGCAUCACAAUUGGUGGCAGUUUGCUGCAGAGCUCUGCACCCGUGAAUAUCCCUGGCUCCUUGGGCAGUUCUGCUUCCUUCCACUCAGCAUCCCCGUCCCCUCCUGUCAGCCUCUCCUCGCAUUUCCUGCAGCAGCCCCAGGGCCACCUGAGCCAGUCCGAAAACACAUUUUUGGGGACCUCAGCAUCACAUGGAUCUUUGGGUCUGAACGGGAUGAAUAGCAGCAUCUGGGAGCAUUUUGCCUCUGGUAGCUUCUCCCCAGGCACUUCUCCUGCCUUCCUGUCAGGGCCAGGGGCUGCUGAGCUGGCCCGGCUGCGGCAAGAGCUCGAAGAAGCCAACAGCACCAUCAAGCAGUGGGAGGAGUCCUGGAAGCAGGCUAAGCAGGCUUGUGAUGCCUGGAAGAAGGAGGCAGAGGAGGCCGGUGAGCGGGCCAGCGCAGCAGGUGCUGAGUGCGAGCUGGCCCGGGAGCAGCGGGAUGCACUGGAGGAGCAGGUUAAGAAGCUACAGGAAGAGCUGGAGCGGCUGCACUCAGGCCCCGACCCACAGGCCCUGCCCACCUUCUCCGACCUGGAGGCCCUCUCACUCUCCACCCUCUACUCCCUCCAGAAGCAGCUGCGGGCCCACCUGGAACAAGUGGACAAGGCCGUGUUCCACAUGCAGUCGGUGAAAUGCCUUAAGUGUCAGGAACAGAACCGAGCGGUGCUGCCGUGCCAACACGCCGUGCUGUGUGAGCUCUGUGCCGAGGGCAGCGAGUGCCCGGUCUGCCAGCCUGGCCGGGCCCACGCCCUCCAGUCGUGA